AUGGCGACACCAUGGAGUAACAUGGGCAUUCGUUCGUCCGACGCAGAUGAAAAGAUUGUGGUUGGACCAUACGACGAAUCGAGAUAUACAGCAUCAUCGUCAGGCUUGAGUUACAUGCGAUAUCCUUCCACCCAACCCUCAAACUCGACCGCCCGCUUAGUUCCUCAACCUCUUCUCUCGCCGCCCUUGGCGAGGGUAUCACCCGGUCCGAGAAGUCCCUCCAGUCCGCACAGUUUAGCAAGUCCUCAAAGUUUCCAGCCUCUCAACAGCCCCUCCAGUCCUGGGUUCCCGCUCAGUCCUUUCUAUCCGCCAAGUCCAGGACCAUUGCAGAGGGGACAGUUCCUUAACUCGCCCAUCAGCGAUGGCUUUAAUUCACCGCGCAUGUCGGGCUCACCUGCUCCCACCGAUCCUCGACUAUCAGCUAAAGGACCAAAUCUAAUGGAAGCCGUCCUCGAGACGCCCUACUUCGAUACCCCGCCUAUUACACCUGGAUCAUGGGGCGACACAAGCUUUCGCGAAACUGAUGUUGUAGAAGCAGCUGAAGUUCCACUCAACAAUGGCUGGAGACCGUGGUGGUUGCGCCGAAGAGUUACUAGCAUCUUCAUCGGCGUAUGUAUAAUGCUGGCAGUGAUCGGCGAAGUCGUGAUGUGGUGGUUGUCCAGGAAUAAUAUCAAGAGCAGCCUCAAGGGUCUUUGGACUUUUGGACCAGUCGUUGUUAUCUCCAUUAUGGCUAUGUCAUGGGCACGAGUCGAAGCACAAGCACUGCUUUACACCCCGUGGAUUGUUCUCGACAACCGACCGGCGACUGUUGAAGAGACUCGCCGCAAACAAGUUCAUCGAUCUCUUCUACUCGAUUAUCCCAGCCUCGGAAGCUACCAGGCACUGACCAAAGCAGUUCAGAACCGACAUCACCUUGUUGCCGCCUCUAUCACUGUCAAAAUCCUCUUCCGAGCCCAGAUUAUCCUCUCUACCGCCAUUUUUCACGCCGAAAUCCAUGUCGAUGGGACGACCUUGCUCCGGGCUCGACUUGGUGUUCUUCACGCUGUAGCUGGAAUAUUUCUCAUCAUCUCCGGCGUGCUUCUUCCCAUGUUGUAUCACGCGCCAUCACCUCGGGGCAUUGCACCGCGAGACCCGACAUCUCCUGCUGGAACUGCGGCACUUCUGACAAGCAGCCAACAAUUCCUCUCUCGAUUAACGGGUACUGGGCAUGCAAGCAUGGAUGUUGUUUCUGCUAGGCUAGCAGGGUCAUGGUACACAACAGAGCUUACGCAACCUGGACGCCGACCAGAGGAAAUGUUCCAGUUGAGGCAGCAUGGUGGAGGUAAUGGCCCCCUUAACAUGAACCCCUUUAAGCGGCCAGAGGAGGCCUCAGGGACAUAUCGGCCUUGGACUCAGGGAACCCGAUCCAGAAUUAUCAGCAUUGUUGCUUCUGUUGCAUUUAUCGUUGGUAUUUGUGUGCUGUUCAACUUAAAGGGCAACAAGGAUGGCCUCGACGUCGAUGAUGGUAUAUUUCCUGUCUGGACUUGUGUACCUACGAUUAUCUUCGCUGCGCUCGCCAUUUUCUGGACUCGGAUUGAUAUCGACAACCGACGCCUUGCCCCCUUUUUGAAGCUCACUAAUAAAAAAUGUCGUUUCGAGGAGUCUCUUGGUCUAACCUACAUGAAUGAGUUUGGCCUACAUACAGCUGGAAAAGCUAUGAGACAACAGGACUGGGCGGUUUUUCUUGCCAAGUGUACAUCGAUGCUUGGGUGGUUGAUGCCCAUAUUCACUGCAGGACUUUUUGCUGUUGCGCAAAUCGCACAGACGGCCAACCUUGAACUUCGACCCGAGACGCAAUUUGCAUCGACAAGUAAAUCGCUGAGUGCCACCAUCGACAGCGACAUAAUCGAACAGGUUCUGAUGAGAGAGACGCCCAAAUACCCGAGAUGGACGUGGGAGGACAUUGCUAUUCCCAAGAUUUCCUUAGUCGACCAUCCAAGUCAGUGGCCACUGCCAAAUACAGAGCUCGUUGCCAAGGUUCCAGGGCUCAGGGGGAAGCUCAACUGUGAAACGGUAUCUUUGUACGAAGGUGAAGGCGCAGGUUGGCAAUGCGUGCCGCUGGGCGGUUCUAAAAAGGAACCAAUUUGUGGGUCGGAUCAAUCUCGCACUGCGCUUGUUGCUUCUUCGUGCCCCCAGCUCUCUUCUUCUUACUCAAUCCAGUAUGUCUGGGGCAGCUGUGCGGAUGAUGGGAUGAUUUCAGUCAUGUCAUGCAAUGAAUCGAUUGUCGACGUCGAUGUAUACACGACAUUUCGCACUGAAGACUUAUACAUCAAUACAGAUGCCAUUCCCGUUGCAAACGCAUCGAGUGAGCGAACCUCAGAUGUAAAGGCGGACAUCUCAACUGUCUAUGGAGCACUUGAGGAUAUCGGAGCCAACAACAAAAGUCUGAAGGGGCUCGAUCCCUUCUUCCGCACUUUGGUACUUUCAAGACUGCAGUUUACUUCGGAGCGCAUUAUUAUGCCCGAGAGACAGAACGCUGUUUCUCAAGCGAUUCUCGUGCAGCAUGGUAUACUGGCUGCGCAAGCUAUGAAUAGUGACUUGAUACGGCGCCCCCUGGCAUCGAAGCUGCGCACCCGUGCCGACUCUCGUACAAACAUCCCGGCCUCUGUCGACUAUGUUCUCCCACGCUUGGUUCAAGGCAAUAUUCAGACAUUUGUCCUUAUCGGGUUGCUUGGCUUCACCCUUCUGUUUGGUUUACUUUCUCUACGCACGGCAUCACGUGGUACUCUGCCUAAGAGCCCUGGAAGUAUCGCCGCCCAGGCAAGUCUCCUCGCAGACUCAACCCUGUGGUGGCGCCUCCCGGGCGGAGCGGAAUGGAUGGAUGAUGAUGACUUGGCGCGGUGCAUGCGCCGUAGAACGUUCCAUCUUGGAUGGAGUAAGGGAGCUACAGGGAGCCGAAGCUAUGGUAUUGGCAUUGUCCAGGACGAAGGAAAGGCGGCUGGAGCAGCUGUUGUUUCGCAAAUGACUGCCAGUAGCAGUGGGGGAUUAGCCAAUGGGCGAUAUAUCAGCAUGACGCCUGGUGAAUACUCCUACGGGGACUUGAGGUCAUAUGAAAAGUCGUGA